AUGUUGCUGCGAAAUCAUAAAAUCUCAGCGCCCAGCCCGUUUAAAAGGUUCAUAUCUGGCGCAACAAAGGGAUACUCGUCCAAAGUUCGAGCUCUACCUUUUGCAGUAGCAAAGCACCAGGCGAUACAGCAAAUUGCCCCAUACGCGUCGCUGUUCACGUUUACUGCGCCCCUGCGUGAUCUUUUCGCUCGGCUCAUUCCAGGCGCCAUCGAACCGCUGCAGCCAAUCCGAAUACAACCACUAUACUUCCCAUGCUGGUUUAUAGAUGCAGAGAUCCAGGGCUCGACCUGGUUGAAGUACAUGGGACCGGCAGGGAAGAGUACGGCAGCGGUCGAUUUAUCACGAUCAUAUCUACCUGGAUUUCCAUUCGAACCAAUUUGUCGUCUCUCCCUCAACGCCCCGAAUUUGGAGAAGUUGCGAACUCUCCCUUUCACGCCAGAACUGGCGAAAUUACAUGGCGAAGAGAUAGCAUGCAUCCCAUACUCCAUAUCCCCGACAUCGGCUCUCAACUUAGCGCGUCUACUACCCGAAGACAAAGGGCUCAUAGAUCAGGACAUGUGCUUCAGCCCAUCUUCUUUGAAACCGAAUUUGUUAGCAGCCUAUCCCGUCCUGUUCCCUCUCUACCUCGCGCAGUACGAGCUGAAAGAACCGCUGUCAACCUUUAACCCUGGAUCCACUCUGCAAGUCCUUCUGGAAGCACACGUACCUGAAGGCCGUCUUUCUGUCUGCCCCGUCUACCCUCCUAAUCUACCCGACAUAAUUGCACGCGACGAAGUCGUCUCUUUCCGCGAUUUCACUGAACGGACGUUUGCCCCUUCAGACUACGAUUCCGACACGUCUAUCACCGCUUCUUAUCAAUCAUCCUUCCCCAACUUCCAAGUUAAGGUCGCCAAAUGGUUGGACGGUUUGAUAACGCAGCCCGGAGCCGCAGCGAAGUUGGCAGAAGUGUCUGACAUCCCCGCCGUUGAUGGUGAAGAUGCCCAGAGAUUCUGGGACCAGCCGUGGAUACGCGAAUGGGACGUCUCGGACAUCCGUAAGAAUAGAUCGUUCAUACAGCAGGGGCACACGAGAGAAGCAGAGAAUCGUGAAAAGCCGGACUGGUGGAAGGAAUGGGAGGCAUCGCAGGGAGCUUAG